AGCCUCCAAACAGAUAUUACUCAGGUUCGUGUUGUUGGUGUAAAUGCCAUCACUGUUCUUUAGUGAACAAUAAAUGCUUCAUACAAUCUAAGGAGUCGUACAUUUUCUUGAGCUUAUCUCCUUUGCAAUAUAAUCCAUAAAAACCUAAGUUUCUCUCUUUUGGAAUGGAACACAAUCUUCCAAUUGGUUGGCGCUUCUUCAAGAUUAUGGGGUGGGGGUUCCAUACGAGUCUGGAUCUGCCACCAAUUAUGUGCAAGAAACUUAAGGAAAAGAAGCCAGAAGAAGUGGUGUUAAUAGGCCAAAAUGGUAGCUUCAAAGUUAAAAUCCAAGAACGCAAAGAUCAAAAACUCUGUUUCACAAAGGGGUGGGAUGAUUUUGUGGGACAAAAUGGCAUAGCUUUUAAAGAUUUUGCCGUGUUUGAACACAUGGGCAGUUUUCAUUUCAGUGUCAUUCUGUUUGAUCGAACUUGUUGCCAGAAAGAUCUCCAUCCCAACCCAGAAACCAGCCAUGAGGGAGGAAAGAAUUUGUGUACCGGGCAAGAAAAUUCUAGCUGCUUUACAACCACCAUCAAAGCCUACAAUGUACGCAGAGGUGGUCCUUUCAUGUACAUUCCCAAGAAGUUUAGUUUAUCAAACAAUCUGUUGAAGAGCACAAACAUCACUCUUAGGGGACCGUGUGGUAAAACCUGGCCAGCCAAACUUAAAUCACGUGGUGGGAAGGUGAAAUCUAAAUCCUAUGCAUGCAUUUUAGAUGGGUGGAAAGAAUUUGCCAUGUACUAUCAUCUUAAGGUGAGAGAUGUCUGCAGCUUUCGCUUCAUUCGUCUCCCAACUUCUUACUCUUUCAUGGUGGAUGUGAAGAAGAUCCUUCCUGUUAAUUAAGUUCGCUAGCUCUGGCACUAAUCCAAGAUGACCUCUGAUCUUUUUUGUCCAUCUUGAAUCAUCUUGUCAAAUGCAGCAUUUGUUUUUUGGUCUGUUUUUGAAUUAUUUUUGCAAACAUGAAAGAAAGCUGCCAGAUUUCUUUCUAGGGUGGUUUCGCCCGUAAGGCCUGUUUUUUAGGUAAGAUACAGAAAGAGGACGGAAAUUAUUGGGAUA